AUGAUUUUCUUCCAUAUCCACAGCUUCUACACCUCUAAAAGUCAGAAUUCUUGUAGUUCCUUCACCCCACGAAUAAAAAUGGCGGGUUGUAAGCUUAAUGCUGAUAAAUAUAAGAGCAACAAAGACCACACCCUCUGCGCGCCAAAGGAUACAGACAACAAUUUACUGAUUCAGGUGGACUAUGACGCCUAUGAUGCUCAGGUGUUUCGACUUCCGGGUCCUUCACGAAUUCAGAGGAGCACCAACUUUAGGUAUCAGACUGCUUCUACAACACUGUACUGA